UUGGGUCGCUGGGAGUGGCGGUUGUUUCAAUAUGGCGGAUGUCGUUUACUGGAGUAAAGACCUAUCUGAUGAAGACCAACCCAUGGUGGUUAUUCCAGGCUUGACCAACAAAGGGAAUCUGCAAAUGGGUUUGACUGCGAAAGGUCGGAGGAGUGUGGAGGGGAUAAAGAAGGUGGCAGCGCGGGUCUCUGGUGGUCCUGACGGCUCUCUGAAGGAAUCUAAGGAAGGGCUAAAGAAGGUGGUCGCGCCCCGAAUCUUGGAGGGUUCGCACCACUCUCUGAAGAAAUCUGAGACGAGGCAGGCUAAUGCCAAUCAGAUUCUGGCUGAUGCAGCAGAAGGCAGGAGUGCUUCCCUGAAGGAUCUGUGCCCAGAGGACAAGCGGCGCAUCGCCAACCUCAUCCAAGAGCUUGCCAGGGUGAGCGAGGAGAAGGAUGAGACGGCGGAGCGACUUCGUGUAGAGCAGGAAGGCUUCUCGAAGAAGAUCCAGCAGCUGGAGGCGCAGAACGAGCUCAUCGCCAACGAGAGGGAAAGUCUGCAGGAUCAGUACCUUGAGUGUCAGGAGCUGCUUGCUCUCUACCAGCAGUACCUGUCUGAGCAGCAGGAGAAGCUGACCCGCUCCAUCUCCCAGCUCAGCCGCACACACACAGCGCAGCAGCAGCAGCCCUGUAGUAAGAAAAGCCCAGCUCCACUACCUCAGGCAGCCGUGGACGGCUCUUACCUCGGCUUGCCUUCUCCCAGAAGGGGAUCAGGUGGGCUGAACUUUCAGGCGCUGCCUUCUCACAGAGACAAGAAGCGGGUUGCUUUAGCGAGCCAGGCACACAGCCCCCUCCAACAGGGUGCGCCUUCAAGGAGCGGUUCUGAGGACGGCUCUCCAGAGUAUUGGGGGCUCCCAUUGAGGCCACAGCUGGGGGGCAGCGAGCCUCGUCCGGGACGUCCUGAUCAGCUUAGAGAGGCUCAGCUCAUGAACAGAGAAUUGAGACGCGCAGGGAUGACUGAACCACAUGUGGGCCGGCACUCUCGCCACAGGGAGGCACAGGGUUUGGGCAGGCAGGUUCCUGAGGUUUCCCUGACCGGACCGGAGCCGCCACCCCCAGUUGAUGUGGCAGAACCCCAGGGCAGCAGGGGGCUUUUGGAUGAGAGGAGGCACAAGCUGGUGCUGCAGAAGCUGGAGCUGGAGGUGGAGAGGGAGCGGCUGCAGUCUCUACUGGCACAGCAGGAGGAGAAGCUCCUUCGGCAGCAGAGGCAGCUCAGCCAAUCCCGUCUGGACUACAGCAGGUUUCAGGAUGCAGCUAUGGCAGAGCUGGAAGAAUCGAUCCAUGAUGUUCCCCUGAGGGAGCCUGGGCAGAGGGUUUACAUGAAUGGCAGCACCACUCCUGGACCCAGUCUGUUCCCAGCCCAGCCAGAGAGCCGACUCAGUGCAACCCCAGUCCAGGAGAAGAGCAGAGCACCCCCUGUGCAGGAGGACUGGGAGGACGGGCCCCGCUCUGUUCUAGAGGAUCUCUGCAGCUCCAGAAGAGACGCUUCCACCUCUCCUGCCUUCCUUCCCACAGCCGCCUUUCCUCAACCAGACCCAGGCUACGAUGCAUCCCUUAUUGAACUGCUUGAAGCUCUGACUCCUAUUUCGAAGCGCAGCCUGCAUAGCCCUUCUCAUCUGCAGAGGAGACCGCCCAUCACUCUCACCCCCACCCUACGAGGACAGCGCUCCACUCUGAAACCCCGGCCCUCGCCCUCGUGCAGGAGAUCCCCCCGGACCCACUCCUCUUCACUAGGGUAUCCCCUGGAGGAGCUGCAGGAGAGCCAGAUCCUGGAAGAAAUCUUCUUCAUCUGCUGAGGGACGCAGGAUGAACCCUGGACUGGAAAACAGCUGGGGUGGGCUGCUCGACUGGCUUUGAAUGCCUUUUAAUUACUAGGGGGAGAUGAACUGAAAUGAACUUGGUCUUUUUAUUUUUAUCACCGAGUUUUCAGUAGGUCUUGGGCUUGACAGCUAUUGAAUGUACUGACAUACCGCUCAGGUGCAAUAGCUCUGUUCCGAAGCCCCACAUGUCAUCUUUGUAGACCAUAUAUAUAUAUAUAUAUAUAUAUAUAUAUAUAUAUAUAUAUAUAUAUAUAUAUAUAUAUAUAUAUAUAUAUAUGUUGCCUUUAUAAUAUUUCCUUUGAAAAGUACACUAGAAGCUUCAGGUCAGGAGCAAAUACUCAUCCACACUACUGCAGAAGUCUUGUCAUAUACUGUCUUAUACUGAACUGCAAUCUAAUUUAUGCACUGCUGUGAAUUUAUGUUGGUAUGCUUUAGGGGGCAUUUGUUUAUUUAAGGGAGUAAAAGCAGUUGCACCAGACUGUAGGGAAGGAGGUUUUGAAACGGGCUUGCAACCUGUUCUGCAGAUUCUGAGCUUCACUGCACUCUGUCUCAAUUAAAAUGUUUGGAUCAUUUUUCUCUACUAUGCAUCCCACCAGAAAACAUUAUGUACUACGUUGUUAGAUGUUAUAUACCCUUAUCUUGCCAUAAUGCUUUUAAAUGUUUAAAUUAACCUGUACACUGAUGUUUUAACCAAAUCAAGUUGAUUUAGAAUUUGUGUUGUGCCUUUUUAUUAUUAUUUUUUUAUUAUUAAUCUAUGUUUGGUAUUAAAUAUUUAUUGUGUUUAAGGAUUUUAUUAUUUUUUUAUUCAUAUGUUUUCUACCACACUAAUAAACUAAUAUUUUCUGACAUGUAGCCUGUUAGCUGUAUCCUCAAACUGACUGAAAAAGCAAUUUGAAAACUCACCUACCUUGCAAAGUAACCCAUUGCAUGUGGGGUGUGUAGUCCUGAAGCUCAAUUAUAUACAGAGUCUGUAUUCAGACCCCUGACCAAUUCUCUCAUAUUACUGAAUUACAAAUGGUACACUGAAAUUUCGCUCUGUUCGAU